GGUAUAGAAAAAAAAAAGAAAGGAUAGAGCUUGUAUUGCAUUAAUGGCAUUCAAGAAAAAUAUAGUCAAAGGAUUAUACAAUGCAUGCAAUUACAAGUUCUUGAAUCCAACCUUAAGGAAUUGCCUCAUUUCUUCUUCAUCCUCAUCUGUUGUUCAACAAAUGAUGGUACCUACUCCUGAUGGAGUAGCGCCCGAGAAGAGAGACGACUCGAUCUUCCUGAGGUUUCUCCAACAGCGGCCACUGUACCUCUCUUCUACGGCGAACUUGCCAGAGAUCCUCCGUCCCGACGGAGAGAAGUUGUUGGAAAGACUGAAAGAGUUGGACAUUGCAAGAAAUCUAGUCCGUCUCCAGACAAAGAGCCAGUUGACGGUGGCUGACGCUAAAAAGAUCCUUAGGGCUUCACAAAUAAAGAUGUUGAAAUCGAAAUUGAGGAGUAGUCGUAAAAAUCAUGUAUCUUAUGAUGAGUUUAUCCAGAUGUGUCUGGAUGAAUGUUCUAAUAGAGACGAAGGUGUAAGUCUCGCGAAAACUCUGGAGAAUUCCGCUUCUGUCAUUGUGUUGGGAAACGUCGUUUUCCUUAAGCCUGAACAGGUAGUGAAAGCCAUCAAUGGGCUGAUGACCGUAGACGAUGGGCCGUUAAAGAAGCUGGAAGAAAUGGAGCUUUGGAAGUCAAAGAUUGACGACAAGGCAAGGAAGAUAGUUCGGCGGGAGCUUUGGGGUGGACUCGGGUACCUAGUGGUGCAAACCGCGGCGUUCAUGAGGCUAACGUUUUGGGAACUAUCAUGGGAUGUUAUGGAGCCAAUUUGUUUUUAUGUUACGUCAAUGUAUUUCAUGUUAGGGUUUGCAUAUUUCAUCAGAACAUCCAGAGAGCCGUCGUUUGAAGCGGUAUUUCAAAGUAGGUUUCAUGCGAAGCAAAUGAAGUUGAUGAAAAAGGAAGGGUUUGAUGUUGAGAAAUACAAUGAGUUGAAGAAAACAUGUGGGUUUCAUGAUCAGCAAUGGCAGAAGGGAGGUUGUUCUUUGGAACAUGUUUCUAAUGGGACGACCGAAUUAAUGAAUCUUCAGUUUGUUGAUCCCAAUCGAUAAUAUCUAAGUUUCUGGAAAGUAGUUUAAUUUGGUUUUAACUUUUAAGGAUAAGAGUUAUGUACUUAUGUAAUGUCUUUGUUCUCAUUUGUCAGACUCAUGAUUUCAACUUUAAGAGGAAUCU